ACAUCCAUGAGUCUCGACCAGAACCUCUUUACCCUCAUUGUCACGCCUUCCACCAAGAAUCCGAAUGUUGUUGACCUCCAUGAUCCAAUGGGAAACGUGCACUAUCGAAAGCAGCGAACUGCCGGGCAGUUCUACCUAAUGCAGAUCUACGAUCCCCAUUCCGAGGCUCUGCUUGUUUCCGUAACGGCUCCAUCAGCCACGAGCAAGGCAAAAGUCCUCGAACUCUCCAACCCUUCAGCCACCGUAGAUCUCAAGUCGGUCGGAACCUUGACUUUCCGAUGGUCUUUCAAAUGGGAAGAUCAUGAGUUUGAGUGGAAACGCGAGGAAUGCUAUCUUCUGCGGAAACCAGACCCCCCAGUGCUGGUGGCUCUCACCAAAGAACCUCCAGGCCGCCUGAAAACCACCUCUAUCCAAAUCCUCGACUACAACAUCAACCGGUUCGACGUCCAGGACCGCAAAGGACUCGAAAUUGUCAUUCUCGCCGCACUGUUAACCUUCCAUGACCAAAAUGACAUCUACCACUCACCGCCCGACUCGCUCAACUCGAUGACGCGUCGAGUGUCCAUGGCGCCGACGUCUCCAGUUGCUGGGCCAGUGCCGGAGCUUCCUCCGAAACCACAAAGGACGGGCAUCGACCGGAUAGCGGAGCUGCAAGCGCUCCGCAAUCAAUUCAAUGAAGUUACCGUUGCGGACGAAGGCAGCGUCGAAGACUAUGGCGCAUAUUGCUCUAAACUGUUUGAGGACGAUGCCAUGCUGUUCAUAACAGUGCAGUCAGAUUCGUCGGAACACGUUCCCAAGGUCCUUCAGGUCGUCGAGGAGACGAAGCGGAUCCGACAUAAAGCCGGAAUCGACCAAGAGCUCCAUCAAUACGUCCUGCACGAUACACAACCCCGUAAAGGCCCACGUCGCAUAAACCUGGACGAUAUGACAGAGGACAAAUACAAGCCACCCGAAAGCCUCACCGUUCAUCUCAGCAAAAUCCCGAUGCCAGAACUCCAACCCAAGGCCAAAGGUACUACUGACCCGAAGCUUCCGGUCACCGAGGUGAAACCAGAAAGUAGGAAAGAGCAGAAAAAGCGAGAGGAGUCCAAACGAAAAGAGGACAAGAAAGCGAAUAACGCACGAAUACCUCCAAUCAAUAGACUUACUCGACCUACGAUAUCUCCUUCACCUUCCCAGCUUAAUAACCCUGCGAUCUAUGCCGCCCCACCGCCAGAUAUUCCCCAGCGGAAAUCAGGUUUUUUUGGCGACAUGUUCCACAAACCACGAUCAAGUUCAUAAUACACUAUUUAAUAGUCUCGGAAAUAGCAGUAUAAAUUGCCUGACCCAACGUCCGUACCAACUGCGUCUCACAAAUCACCCCAUAACUGAGAAGAACGACCUUGCCAUGCGAAGCUGA